AUUCCUUGAUCGUUGCUGUAAUACCAAAGCAACCAGCUGGAGCUGAGACCUUUGAGGAUGAUGAUGAUGAUGAUGAUGAUUUGAAGUUUAAGCUCCCACCGUCAGCAAGCCGGUGGAAGAGGAAGCUUUAUAUAUUACUUUCUGCGUAACAAGUUAAAGCUUCCAGAUAAUGGGACUUUUCUCUUUAAGUCUGAAGAUGUGGGUUAUUACCACCUUAUGGUUUAUCUUGGCGCCUAUUGCCCACCGGUGGGAACUAUAUUUUUAUUAGGGACUGGCUUUUCAAUCAUCUUGCUCAAUCUUGGUAAACGACAGCCUGGUGAUGUUAGCCAAGAAAAGUUGUUGAAGGAGAAUAUUAUCAAGAGGAGACCCAAAGAAAGAAAGAAGCCAUAAUUAUAACAGAGAGAAGAAUCUGUUCAACCCAAGCAAAGCUUAAUAAAGGCUUUAAAGCUCUGAGAAAGUCCACUGCAAUAUUCUCUAUAAGAUUUGAAGAAGCAAUCUAAUCUUUGUUGGCUCUGCUUUUGAGAAUCUAUAUAUACUCUUCAUCUUCAGGACAAGUUUCUUUUCUUUUCUUUUUUUGUCUCUGUUUCAUCUUGUAAUAUUCAAAGUUAAGAUAAGAUUCAUUCAUCUCAAUAGCAUGGUUGGUAUUUUCUCAAGAUUCUCUGUUGUUAGAGGCGGCCAUAGAAGAACUCAGAGUGCCAUCGAUGGAAGGGAAACAUUGCCUCCAAGAUCUGAUCCUGUUGCUUCAACUAACACCGCAACCGCUUCAACUCAUGGGAUCGAAGUAGCAACAGAGUUUAAACCGGUGGAUCACCCGAUGGAGCCCUUAGACAACGAUCAGCCGAUCCAAUGUCCACUACCCGAGCCGUCCAUUCUCAAUGACGGGAGACUCUGGAAAGAGAGAGUGUCGGCUUCUUCGAUGAGGAGACGAGGUGAUUUAGCGAUUGUCCAAGAUGGGAUGGAUGAAGAAUCUGACGUUUCUGUGACAAUUCCAUCAGGGACUAGCCAAUGCAAUACCAACCGUCUGUUCUUGCCUUCGCUCAGUGCGCCCGAACACGACUUGCUUAAUCUACUAGAUGAAUGCAAAGUAUCUGGUAGUAUCUAAGAGCCAGGGCUGGUCUAGACUCUUUUUUUACAUUUUGUGUGUAUGAAAAAAAACAAAUCAUAGUGAUUGUCAUAUAUUUAACUUAAAUCAUAUAUUUCAUGUUUCUGUGAAUUAUAAAAGAUACAUUGUGUAGCUAAUGCU